AUUCGAGGAGGCAGAGUCAUUGAAACAGGCCUUCAGAAGGGUGGUUACUGCAGUUCCUAAUGUUAGUGAGACCACAAAUUAGCUAAAUAGAUUUUGGAGAACUAUAAGGGUUGGCUGUGAGGUCACUGGAGGCGUUCUAUGUUAAAUCAGAAUUGUAGAACACCUUAUAUAAUGCACAGAUUAUUGUUUCUGGUACUGGCUCAGCUUUUAACAACUGGUACAUGUGACACAAAUCCAGAUCCUGAACAUAAAGAAAAACAUGAAGGUAACAUGUUUGUUCCGUGGACUUAUGAAGAUCAAGACUGGAGCAAAGACUAUGAGCUUUGUAAUGGGAAUUCACAGUCUCCUAUCAAUAUCGACACUGAUGAAACCAUAUUGAAUAAAAAACUUCCUUCAAUCACUCUUGAAGGAUAUAACCUAUCAGAAACAGAACAACUUGAUUUAUCUAAUGAUGGACACACAGUGAAACUUUCACUCCCAGACUCAAUGAGCAUAAGCCAUGGUUUCACGCAGAAGUAUCUAGCAACUCAGCUGCAUUUUCACUGGGGAUCAGGAGCUACUUCAGGAUCAGAACAUACAGUGGAUGGUUUCCAAUAUGCUGCUGAGAUGCACAUUGUUCAUUUUGCUGCCAAAUAUGGACAUUUGAAUAAGGCAGCACUGAAAGCAGAUGGUAUCGCUGUGCUGGGGGUAUUAUUUCAGAUUGGAGCAGAAGAUAAUAAAAACUAUGAUCAUAUUUUUGAUAAACUUCAAGACAUUGCUGAAGAAGGUGCUAAUGUACAUAUUCCUGGAUUUGACAUAAACAUGUUGUUACCGAAUCAGCUGUACCGCUUUUUCCGCUAUAAUGGAUCUUUCACAACGCCACCCUGCUUUCAGUCUGUUACCUGGACUGUAUUCAAUGAGACCGUCCAAAUUUCCCAAGCACAGCUGGACAAAUUGGAGACCAGUUUAAAGACUGGCCAUGGCAUGUUGGAUUCGAAUUUUAGACAUGCUCAGCCACUCAACAGAAGAACUGUGUUUGCUUCAUUUUCAUCAUUGACAUCAUCCCGGAGAAUAGUUCCUAAAGAAAAUUCUGUUAAAUUAGAUGAAGACGACAAAUCAGUAGAUGGCAACCAUUUCACUUUAGGUGACACGCUGGCCGUUAUAUUUGGGACCUUGUUUGGAUGUACUGUUUUGGCCUUUGUAAUUUAUCUGUUGAAGCAAAGGAAAAGACAAAGAUCAAACACUGAAAGAGGACAGAAGGUAAUUUAUAAACCUGCUGCUACAAUGGAGGCAUGAGAUCGCAGUGAAUAAGUUUACCAUUUGGAAAUCUGGAAUUGAACAUGGGUAUUAGAGCAGACAUUACUGAUUCCUCAAGAGCAAAUUACCUGCUUAUUAUCUGCGGUCUUCAGAACUUCGGAUGUCUCUCGAUGCAAUUUGAUCUGGCUUCUGAAUAACAAUUAUUCUGUGCAGUAUUAGGAAGAAGUAAAGUUUUAAUAAAUACUGCAUCAUAGCAUGUUGUGAUCUGAGCGCAAUGUAAAGAAAUGUGGUAGCUAAAGAGUAGAGCAGCACUAGGGAUGAGCAAUAAAUGCUGGCCCGGCCAGCGAAGCCCACAUCCCGUGAAUGAAGAAAAAAAAAUUCCACUGAAGUUAUUGGUUUUUCAGAUACUAGAAGCAUGGUAAACAAUUUUGAUCAGUUGUAUAAAACAGUUAACUUUAAA